GCUGAAUCAGGAAGCUAUAGUCUCCCUCCAGUUGCUUUGAUCGUCUCGCGGUGGUGGAGAGUGGAUGGCUCAAGAAAAUUCAAUAAAAUAGUCUACGCUUUUUUGAACUGCGAAUUUGUUUGGGAACUUCUGCCACCGCCUAGUGUUCCGGAGUGAUAUUAUAGGGGAUAGUCUAGUAUAACACCGUCUUUUUCUCAUAGACUGGAGACUUUGAAGAAGAUGAGUUAUUUGUUUGUUCAUAUAUUAAACUACACUGUCACCAAAUGUAAGGAACGUUUUUUUUAUUCGGGCAGUCUAGGAAUCUAGUAUUAUUUAUUUACUGCAUCCCUUUUGUUGGGUUUCCAGGAAAAUGGCUCCUUAUGUUCUUGACGAUACGCGCAAAGGCCAGCAUAAUAAGGAAAAGGCACGUCGAGAAGAAAACAAAAGGAUUGAUAAAAACCUUGAAAAAGAACGAAGGAUUUACCUAAGAACGAAACGGCUACUAGUAUUAGGAGCAGAUGAAUCUGGGAAAAGAACUAUAGUCAAUCAGAUGAGAUAUUUGCAUGUAAAAUGCACUCAAGAGGAGAAAACGCAUUACAUGCUAAUUUCAAAACAAAAAUUUUUUGAGACACGUUGCCAACAGGACGGUAUCUUUUACCAUAUUUUUAAUGUCAGAGGUCAAAGGAAAGAAAGCAUGAGGAAGUGGUUGCAGUAUUUUUCUGAUGUUACGGCCAUUAUUUUUGUGGUGGACAGCAGCAGCUAUGAUAUGGUGAGCCGGGAAGACAACGAGACCAACAGGCUUCAUGAGUCACUAAACCUGUUCAGUACCAUCUGGAACUACAGGUGGCUGUUAGACAUUCCUGUCUUCCUCUUCCUGAACAAACAGGACCUUCUAGCAGAGAAGGUUUUGGCUGGGAAAUCUAAAAUAGAGGACUAUUUCCCGGAGUUUGCACACUAUACUACGCAUCAAAAAUCAGAACCAGGGGAGGAUCUUCGUGUCACUAAGGCAAAACACUUCAUAGUGGAGGAGUUUCUGAAGAUCACCACAGCCAGUGGAGGCGAAAGGAUCUGUUUGUUCCAUUUCACCUGUGCAGUUGACACGGAAAGCAUCCUGCGCGGUCUUCGGAGAGUGUGAAUGUUCGUUGUUGGCGUAAAGACUGUAAAUCAUUAUGUUUACUGGAUCCAAGCAGAGACUUCUAUUUACAAGACUCAAGUGAGCACCAAAAUACGUAUUUUAAAUGUCAUUUCGGUGUCUUUUCAACGUCAUUUGCUCAUGGGUGCAAAAACCGAGAUGGAAAGUCAGUUCAUAUCAGGGCAGAAUGUCACAUUAUUUGAUGCGACUGUAAGUCGCUUUGGAUAAAAGCGUCUGCUAAAUGGCAUAUUAUUAUUAUUAUUAUUAUUAUUAUGUUGGAAAAUGGACUACGACACCUUCUCCUGGGGACACUGUUUCAAGGAUAGAGAGUGGCAGCCUGAAAAAAAAUAUUAGUUCUGUUUGUGUUUGAUAGACGUUUGAAACCCUGUAAAUAAUGUAUAUUUGAAAUGUCAGAACUUGUCCUCAUUACUUUUGCAACUUUUUUUUUUGUUUCGAUUUGAAGACAUUGUUUGAUUGUUUGCCAUGUGGCUUUGUUCCUGGUUUCUACAGUGCCCGAUGUAUUUCUUGUUUGAUGGUAUUGUAAUGAGGGUUAAGGUCGCUACGGUAUUUAUGUUGUUUAUUUCAGAACUAUGAUCAAUUUUUUCCAAAUAAAAAUUAUGGUAA